AUGCUUGUUACUCAACCAAGCCCAUCAGUUUCUCAGCCUAGUACUUCACAGAGUGAAGAGAGAGCUCCUGAACUGCCCAAACCAAAGAAGAACAGAUGUUUCAUGUGCAGAAAGAAGGUUGGCCUUACAGGAUUUGACUGCCGAUGUGGAAACUUAUUUUGUGGACUUCACCGUUAUUCUGACAAGCAUAACUGCCCGUAUGAUUACAAAGCAGAAGCUGCAGCAAAAAUCAGGAAAGAGAAUCCAGUUGUGGUGGCUGAAAAAAUCCAGAGAAUAUAA